AUGUCCUUCCCCGAGGGAGAAUUCACCAUCCGCAACCGCGCCAGCGGCCGCGUCCUCGACGUCGCCUACAUGUCGACCGAGGCGGGCGGCUCCAUCAUCGCCUGGGAGUUCAAGGGCGAUGAUGACAACACCAACCAGCGCUGGAAGCUCGACGACGGCCACCUCAUCAACAUCCACUCGGGCCUUGCUCUCAGCUUCAACGACAUCAGCCACGAGGCCGGCGCCACGCAGGAGGAUGCCAACGGCGGCGAGGGCCAGCUCUUCGAGUACAACGACGGCAUCAUCAGCCUGGCCAGCAACGGCGAUUUCGUCGUCGGCGAAUGGGACGGCGACGUCAAGCUCGUCAACCGUGACGACUAUGAUGAUGCCCGCCGCUGGGACUUUUAA